UUUUUCCAGCAAGUGGCCGGAAGUUGACAGGACAUCUCCAUGGCGACUGGACGUCCACAGUCUAGAAACCUGUCGUCUCCACUGUCAGCCUUUAACCUGAAAAUGGUCCUUAUAAGAUUUCAUUGAAGCUAUUUAAGAGGCACCGCUAAUGAAACCUAUGUCAGCACCAAGACCAGUCCCUUCAAGAGUCCGGGUAUCGGGGACGUCAAAAAGACCUAACAAGUCAUCUCCAGCGUGCACACGGAACUUUCUGGAAAGACUUCCAUCUGAGGUCCUGAUGGAGAUUCUGUCAUACCUGGAUGCCUCCGCUCUCUUCAGCCUUGGCCAUGUCAGUAAGCUCUUUCAUCAACUCUCCAAUGAGAACACCCUGUGGGUAAAGAUCUACAUAGCAGAGUUUGGUAGAAACAAAAAGCGUACACCUAACUGCAUGGACGAGCUGCUGCUCAGGACAGCCACAGUGGAGCUACAUGAUCGGGCUCGAGGAUACUGGAAGUGGCUUCACUUCAGGACUUUGGCUCCAUGUGACAUGAACAAGUGGAAAAGACAAUUUCGGCUCAUCAGCUGUCACACGGGGCUUCCCAGCCAGACGGAGCAGGUCCUCAGAAACUUGCACGUCACCUGGGAGCUGACGAUCUCUGAUAAGUCAGGGCAGGUGGACACGCACGAGCCGAGCUGGUCCCACUUCUGCGAGACUUCUGUGACUCUGUGCUGGAGCGGAGGAGGCCGCCUGCCCUCCCACCGGCGGAUUUCAACCCUUCAACUGCACGGCGUCAGGAGGGUACCCCUCAACUGCCCGGGCCUAAAGAAACCUGGCUGGAGGUCCCUCAUGGCGAGAAUAGACAUGCAGGCUCUGACUAAAAGUGCGCAGGUCAUUGGCCAGGAUGGAGUAGUUGAACUGAUGCUGCUGCAACCUGGCAUCAUCAUCGGAGUGUGGAAGGACCAGAGCUCUGUCGCUUUCAUCAUGUUCACCCUCCACUUCCACAAACUGGUGGAAAGAAGCAUCCAGGGAUCUUCUCUUUGCCCCUACGUGGAGCCGGCGGUCAAACCCUGCUUUGAUGACAUAGACCCUGAGUACGGUCUCCAUGGGUACCAGCUACACAUCGUUCUCAACAACACCGUAUGCAAGAUCAUGUCCGGAAGCUUCUCCCAGCUUUUCUGCAGGAGGACCCAGAUCCAGGAUGGUCUGAUCCAGCUGAGCGCCAUUAGCAGGAGAGAGAAAUUGCAGCACACACCUCUGUCAGGAAGCAUCACCCUGCCCUGGAGGUGUGAGGCCCUGCAGGGCGCAGUGGAGAACUGCUGCGUUAUGUCCCUGACUCUGCUGGAUGAAUUCAAGAAACCUUUCUGGUGUGUCACUUCGCCUGUUUCCCUGGAGCCCCAGAAGACGCCACACAUCUCUUAUGACUAUGACGGUGAGCACUUCCUGAUCCACUAUCAGGACUCAGAUGGUCAGGUGAAGAUGGAGCUGGUCUGGAUGGAGGAACAAAAAUGUUUUUUCCUCAUCAGCUUAGUUGUCUUAAUGACUGUUUGCAAAGUCAACAAGUAUUUCAGCAGAGAAUACUGAAUGUGUCUGAAGGUUUUCAUUUUUCAUGUUUAUAGGACUUUUUUUUUUUUUACAAGGGAAAUAUUUUUCCACCAAAGUAACCAGACAUAUUUGAUGCCUUAUAAACAUUUCUUAUAUAUUUAUUUAUGUCUUUAAGAAAUGCAUUUUUAUCUACUACUGUUGUGAUUUAGAAGCAUAUUUGCCUGAGUGAUAACAUAGGUUUUAUUUUUUCAUUGUGUUUUGUAGCGUAACAGAAACCCUGUAGGUAAAAUGUCACUUUAUAUUGUCUGUUGGAUUUAUUGGGCGCCAGUCCGUCGUUGUAAAAAACUCAGGUCAGAGUCAGUCGAUAAAACAGGACAAAAACCACACUCCAAAAGGAAAUUAUAGAGAGUUAAUUUAUAAGCAAUAAUUAUUAACUAAUCCAGGACAAAAGAAAAUAGUCAAACACAUUUCAAAUAAAGAUUUCAAUGUCCCAUAACACAGUCUUGAACCAAAAUGAAACCCAUUGUCAUGAAAUAAAAAACACUUAUGUAAGGAUGUUGGUUGCGGUUUCAGGGAGCCAACUAGGGAACUCAUCUGGGAGGAGUUCCACUGGCCUGUUCUUCAGGUGCGAAUGUGGAGUUCCAGUUUAAAUUUAAAUUAAAGAUUUGCAAAUUUAAAUUCUACAUGCAUUUUAAAUGAUCAGUAAUAAAUUGUAUUAUCUUCUUUGAACUGUUAACUUUUUAGCUUAACAGUGGAUCAAAAUGCCCAAAGUUUGCAAUGACGAUAGGAAACCCCCCCUAAGGGAGCCCCAUCUGACAGCACUUAGUAUAGUUGCAUUGCAAAGAGUCGACAUUAUUCCUAUGCAAAAGUUUCUCAAUGAAAAUCACUCAGUGAAACAUGAAGAGGAAUUAUUUGGAUGAGAGUGAGAAAAAAAGAGGAACAAAGACAGUAAUUGUAGUAGGUAAUUAUUAAAUAGAAACUGCAUGGGGGACAGACACCUGAAUAACAACUUCUGCUCCAGCUAAGUUUUGGUGAUCGUGCAUUAGGGUGUUAAAGAAAGAAAACACAGUUAUCUCAGCUGGCAGAGCAGCUCAGUGUGUCGAGUGUAAACUGUGAGGGGCCCUUUGUGAAUUGUUAUACCUAAGGCCCAAAACAGUCAAGAUUUGCCUUUGGUGUUAAGUCUUAACAAGUCUUCUGUUGACAAUUAAAGCUCCUGUGAUGAACUUUUAA